GUUGCCGCAUGGAAACAGCGUUGCGUUGCUGAGUGAGACUGCUCUCUCCCUCCCUCUCUCUCUCUCUACACCAUGUUGUCGAAAAAGAAAAAUAAGUCGAAAGCGGCCAGGAGCCAGGAGAAUCAGGGGGCCUCGCCGAGGGAUGGGCCGGACUGCUGCUCACCUCCAGCCAGCUCUCCCGGGACUCUCGGGCCAGGAGGAGAGGAGGGCAGUCUGGACACAAACCCCCAGGCCUGUCUCUCACUGACUGUCACUGAUAGCCUGGAGAAAGCUAAUGAGAAGGUGCCUAAGGCUUGCCGAAAAUGUCUUGCUCAAAUGAGUGUCAACAGCAUAAAACUGACAAACAUCUGUAUUGGACGACCAGUUCUUCUUACCAGCACUGCUGGCAGACAGGAGGUGUGCACAGCAUGGCCUGUACCAAGCUUCCCUGGAAGUAAGAUAGGGUUAAAUGGAGUCACCCAGAAGAAUUUGAAGGUCAAGGUGAAUGAUGCAAUUACUGUCCAACCACUGCUUGGUCCAUUAUUAGAGGCAGAGGAAUUACAUGUUGCUUUGAGAGAUCAAGAUGAUUCCUUCAAGACAGAAGAACUAUCUUACUUCUUGCUAAGGAAUAUGGAUGGGAAGAUAGUGUUACCUGGCAACUUCCUGAACCUUGUAUUUUAUGGUCGAACUUUUCACUUGUUGGUGAGGAAGGUAAAAGGAGUCGAUGGUGCAGUGUUGGAGAUACCGUCCAAUGUCACAUUCAGUGAUAUGCAAGCGAAUGCAGAAUCCUUGCUUGACAAAUCAGUACAUGAGAACAUUGCAAUGGAUUUGUCCACACAUUUCAACAAUUUGGCCAUAGAUGUUACUCAGGACAGAGGGAUCAACACUACUUCUAGUUCACUUUGUCCUCCAAUGGAUUCUCAAAAUAUAUCAAUUCCAACCUGCAACAAUACUGUAGACAGUAAGAAAUUGCUAAAAGUACACAAUGGUGUAACAUAUUCUUCUGUAAGCAACAUUGAAAAUGUUGAAAUGUCUGAAUUUGCUCAGGAAAGAGAAGACGAGUAUGACCCUCCAAUAGAGGACUUAAUCUCGAUGUCCGACAAUUGCCUGAAAAGUAACAGAGGUACAUUUUACCACAUUUCUUUGCUCACUCAAAUCAAGUUCAUGCAGGAACAAAGCAAUGAUGAGGAGAGGAAGCAAGAAUGCAAGCCCAAAGUCACUUAUGAUAUGAUUGGAGGACUGAACAGUCAGCUGAAGAUGAUUCGAGAAAUUAUUGAAUUGCCUUUGAAGCAACCACAACUGUUCAAAUCUUAUGGAAUUACUCCCCCUCGAGGAAUUUUGCUGUUUGGUCCUCCUGGUACUGGGAAAACUCUGAUUGCCAGAGCUGUGGCUAAUGAAGUUGGAGCUCACAUUUCUAUCAUCAAUGGGCCUGAAAUUAUGAGCAAAUACUUUGGAGAAAGUGAAGCAAGGCUGAGACAGAUCUUUGCAGAAGCCACUCAAUGUCAACCUUCAAUUAUAUUCAUAGAUGAGCUUGAUGCCAUAUGUCCAAAGCGGGAAGGAGCUCAGCAUGAAGUUGAGAAGCGAGUGGUAGCAUCAUUGCUCACACUGAUGGAUGGUAUUGGCUCAGAAGGAAGUCGAGGACAACUUUUGGUCCUUGGAGCCACGAAUCGACCUCAUGCCUUGGAUCCAGCACUUCGGAGACCUGGACGAUUUGAUAAAGAAGUAGAGAUUGGUAUCCCUAAUGCUGAAGACCGUGCAGAUAUUUUGAAGAAGUUUCUAAAAAAUGUUCCCACCUUGUUAACGGAGGUGGAGCUGACACAGCUUGCAAAUGGGGCUCACGGGUAUGUUGGAGCAGAUCUGGCAGCAGUCUGCAAGGAAGCAGGUUUGCACGCUUUGCGUCGGGCACUUGGAGAAUGCGCCAAUCCUUCAGAUAAUGAGGUGGCUGAAUCAGUGAAGAUAACUUUUAAUGAUUUCCUGCAAGCGAUGAAUGAUGUCAGGCCUAGUGCCAUGAGGGAGGUGACUAUUGAUGUGCCAAAAGUGUCCUUGUCAGACAUAGGAGGGAUGGAAAAUGUGAAACUGAAACUCCGGCAGGCUGUCGAAUGGCCACAAAAAUACCCAGAGUCCUUUACCAGAAUGGGGAUUCAGCCUCCGAAAGGAAUUCUGCUUUAUGGGCCUCCUGGGUGCUCUAAGACGAUGAUAGCAAAAGCUUUGGCCAAUGAAAGCGGACUGAAUUUCUUGGCUGUGAAGGGACCAGAACUAUUGAGUAAAUACGUAGGAGAAUCUGAGCGUGCUGUGAGAGAAAUCUUCAGGAAGGCCAGAGCUGUGGCACCUUCUAUCCUCUUCUUCGAUGAAAUAGAUGCUUUGGCUGUUGAGAGAGGAAGCUCUGCUGGUGCUGGCAAUGUGGCUGACCGAGUCCUUGCACAAUUGCUGACUGAAAUGGAUGGGAUUGAACAACUCCAUAAUGUGAUGAUCUUGGCAGCCACCAAUAGGCCAGAUAUGAUAGACAAGGCUUUGAUGCGCCCAGGAAGGAUUGAUCGCAUUAUAUAUGUACCACUGCCAGAUGCAGCCACUCGGGCAGAGAUCUUCAAAUUGCAGUUUCGUUCCAUGCCAAUCAGUGAUGACGUCAGUUUGGAUUACCUGAUAGCCAGGACACAUAAGUAUUCUGGAGCUGAGAUCAUUGCUCUUUGUAGAGAAGCAGCUCUUCUGGCUCUGCAAGAAGAUCUCCAGGCUAAGAUAAUUAUGAAACAGCAUUUUGAGCAAUCAUUUGAAAUUGUCACUCCAAGAAUCCCUAAGAAGCUUAUGGACUUCUAUGCUAAUUACCAGCAGCAAAGUGGACUGCAUAUGCUAUAAGAUUGGAAUGAGGUUCAUUCACUGAAGACUUCAAAUUCUUUAUGAUGAGAAACAAAAUAAUAAGUUUCCACUCCCCAUAUAAGUGUUAAUUUUCACAAAUAAAGACCCAUUUUCAAAUGAA